CCGCCCCUCGCCGGGGGCCGCCGCUCUCUGUCCGCCACCGCCACCUCAGCCGCUCGCUGUCCAGACGAACGCUGGUCGCCCGCAGUCCGCCGGGCGCUGACGGUCCUGCACGCCGCCCGCACGCCCGAGAGAUCUGAUUCCCUCUACUGGCCUCUCUGAGCAUCAGAUGUGGAUGUGGUACCUUACUUGUAUGCAGUUCAUCCAUGAGCUCAGAUUUCCCACAUUACAACUUCAGGAUGCCUAAUAUUGGAUUCCAGAACCUGCCUCUCAACAUAUAUAUUGUGGUCUUCGGCACUGCUAUAUUUGUCUUCAUCCUUAGCUUACUCUUCUGCUGCUACUUGAUUAGGCUAAGACAUCAAGCACACAAAGAGUUUUAUGCCUACAAACAGGUUAUAUUAAAAGAAAAAGUAAAAGAGCUGAAUCUACAUGAGCUCUGUGCAGUGUGUCUAGAAGACUUCAAGCCUCGAGAUGAGCUGGGAAUCUGUCCAUGUAAGCAUGCCUUCCACAGAAAGUGCCUUAUUAAGUGGCUAGAAGUUCGGAAAGUAUGUCCCCUGUGCAACAUGCCAGUUCUUCAGCUGGCCCAGUUGCAUAGUAAGCAGGACCGUGGCCUCCCCCAGGUCCCCCUGCCCGGAGCAGAGAACAUUGUAUAGCUUGCUGCAAGGAUCAGACUGUUGCUGGACACCUCAGCAUGGAGCCAGGAGGAACACAAGCAGACUGUCUACUGCUCUUUGCCUGGGGCACCCACGUUACUUCCUUUGCCUCAAGAAGAAAUCUUGAGCUGGCCAUGCUGAGAACCUAGGCAUCUGGAUCUUGUGACAACCAAAGCACUCUGAGACUACCCCAUUUCAAGAGGAGCAGAUGAGCCUGCAGGUUUGGUUCUGGAAACUUCCUUGCUAGCUCCGUUACACUGUCUCCCAGAAACCUCCAUGUCUAACAGAAGAUAAACCCAGGUGUUAGGGAAGGGAGCUGAGAGUGUGUCUUUGACACCACACCCACCUGUGGACGAUAAGCUGCUGCUCAGACCUCAUCUGUCUUUUUAGCUGCAGAUCAUCCUGGCAUCCUGAGCCAAGUGAAACCAGCUGCUCCAUCAGCUGAAGCACAGGUGGUUGCUAGCACUUGGUGAGGCAAUGUCCCUGAGGUCUCUUAAGUUCCUUUGAUAAGGCCAUCUUGGAACCUGAGGGCUUUGGAUGUAACAGCAGCUGUACCCACCCACACACACACACACCAGUUCACACUUAUCACCUAAUCUGAAAGUAUUAGACACAUUUGAAAAGGCUUGGUCAGAAGCUAUUUCCUCUAUUUCCCUUCUAUCCAUAAAUAAGACCCAUAAGGAGCCCCAGCAAGAACUAGACCCUAAACCUCCCACUGUCCCUUGUGACCCAGAGGGCCCCAAGGUACUGCCCAUGUCCCAAGUGCAGUCUGGUUCCAUUGUAGCUGCUGGCCUCAGUCCACUGGCUGAGGAGGAGCCUCUUGGAGCCUCUCAGAUGGCUGCAAUGAGCAACACCUUUUUGUAAGGCCAGUCUUCCUGACCUAGCUGGAUGAAGAGGAUGCUGACUUCUCCCCUUCUUCCCUUUACUCUCUCCUGUUCUGUUUCUACAUAAGAAAAAUGUCUUACUCAUUUUUAACCAUUUAUCCCAAAUAAGUUUCCUGUAAUUCUGAAGCCUGAAGUCAGUGAGCCACUUGAAGUUGUAAACAGUUUCAGGAUGCUCCUACAGGGCCGUCCUAUUGGUGUGUGUCUCCGUUAUUUGGACUCAAGAUCACUAACUGAAGUGUCUUUAUACAAGAGAAUGCAUGCUGUUCUUUGGCUCUUUUCUAUCCAACUUUUCUAGAAGUGACUGAGUCCACUAGGAUCUCUGAAUACCGUGCAAAUUAGUCAUGUAAAGCACCAUGGAGACAGAACAUUCUUUCCGCAUCUUGCUCUCCCUCAUCACAACAUACCUGCUGCAACGCCUCAUCUACUGCUUUGCUCUGCUCCAUCCCACAGGUGUGAGGAAGUUUUCACAGGAAGUACAGCCUUCGAGACACGGAGAGGAUGGAGGGGCUUUGUUACCCUGCUCAUGGCAUGUCUCUACCAUCUUAGAAUGAGAGGUUGCUAAGGUCAGAUAAGAAAAUUCCUAUUUGCCUAAAAACUGAGAAGGCUACGUGUGCAUGCCUGUGAUCCCAGCACUUGGGCAGCCAAGGUAGGCAGCAUCACUAAUUUGAAACCAGGCUUAGCUUCACAGUGAGAUCCUGUUUCAGAAAAAUAAGGAAGUUCUGGGCAGAUUCCAUUUUGGACAAUUUACAAAUUCAGUUGGUGAGAAUUGCUUGUUUCCAAUAUGUGGGCUAUUUGUGGCAUGUCAAAUGGACUCCUUCCUCCACAGAGCAAGAGUAUGAGCUUUUUAUAUGAAUACCUUAGCCUGACUGGCCCCAAGAACUCUUCCUACACGCCUGUGUUCCCCAUCUUCCUGUGUUGUUUGUAGCAUGAGACUUUAAUGCCAAAACACUCAGUUUACAGUGAAUUAUUUUUGAUGACCAAUGCCAAAAGUGGGCUUGCUUCUGGCCUAAGCCUUGUUAAUGACCAUCAUCUGGCACACAGCCUUGGGACAAAUGUCACCUUUUGUUAUGGGGAUCCAAUAGAAAAGAUGCCCCCCCUAAGAUUUUCAUAUGAUUAAUACUAUUACCACUCCUAGCAUUUCAGCUGCAGCCUUUUCUGUCCGUCCUCAUCUCAAUAUUGUCAGCCUCACCAAUGUUCCUGUAUUUGUACAGAAGCAAAACUCAUCAGAGCUCCAACCUCCAAGCAGGUUUAGGUGAUUGGUAUGCAGCCUGGGCAGUCAGUGGAGGAAGCACAGAACUACUUUGUGCUCUGCACCAGAACCCCCAUUCUGCUGGGCCUGAUGAGGUCCCCUUACCUUGCUGCUCAGCACUUUUUUAUGUGUGCUUCCUAAGAAAACAUUCCUUGGUCUGGAAGCUGCUGCUAUGCAAAAAUGUCCUCUCCCCUUCUCUGGGUUAGGGUGGCCACACCAACCAGACAUUGUGCUCCUUGGUAUUUGGGCCCCUACCAGUGUUGCACUGCUGGGUGAGGCAUUGUUGGCUUGGGCCAAAACCUAGUGAGGCCACCCUUUCCAUAUCAUCUUCAUGGAUUCUGGUCUGCUUUUGGACCAUGGGCUGCUGUGUCUUAGGUAGCCAAAAAAUUAGAUGUCACUUAUGGACCAUAAGUUAAUGGAGUACAACUCAACCCUAACCAGACUUCAUUGGCUAAAUCAUUAUCUUGGUUUUCUGGGAGACAAUUGGGUAUUCAGCUGGCUUUAGAAGUGGAACAAACCUAGCCUGAUUUGAUUCCUGGUUGGGUCGACAUAAGUUGACAUCUGCUGCUUCUUUGCCAAAUACAAGUGUGGCCUAUCCCAUUAAGGUUCUUAUGGCCCACUUGUCUAGCCAGGGAGCAAGACAAAACAGCCAGGUGGGAACAGAUGGCCUCUGGGGCAAGGUCUGUAUUGAGGAAUACAGGGGACCUCCCCCAGUUGCCACAUUCUCUUCUUGAUGAGACUUGAGUUCCAUCCACUCAAAUGCAUGCCACCUCUGGUUUACUCUGAAGUUGUGAACUGUUAUCACAUUUUGAGAGCAGUUCUGGGAAUGUUGAGGUGCCCAUGGGGUUUCCCAGAACUCUAGCCAGAGUGCUGGUAGUACUGCAAAUUGGUUCCUUCCCACUUCCUUGCCUUCUGCAUCUCUGCAAGUUAGCUUCUCAAAGCCACCACCCAGGACUUCUAGAAACAAGGCUCUUAGAGGACAUGCCAGUCCACUCUAGUGAGCACAGACCUGAGGGCCCUGCAACUGCUAAUUGCACAUACCCUGGUCAUAGGCUCAAUAGCCUCCUGAGCUGUGGGGGCUUUCCCUAGGCCUAGCCCCUCCCCCUUCUUGUGAUCAGCCUUUGCUUGACUUGGCUGGUCAAUGUCCGGUCUUCCUUAGACUUUUCAAGUAAAUAAUCCUUCACAGGAUUGACACAUAAUUCUUUUCUGCACUCUUUAUCCUAUGAACAUUCACAAGUUGUUCCUUUUGUCUCCUUUCAGGGCUUUGUGCACACACACAUUUGUGUGAGAUAGAGGGAGAGGAAAUCUUCCUUUUUUAUGUGGAAAGGGCCAACCCAGAAAUCAGCUGUCUGUAAAAGGUGAACCCAGAAUUGCAGGUUGUUUUUGUAUCACAUUCCUUUUGAAAAAGAUGUUUUACUCAGUUACAACAUACUGAAUUCUUCCCUCCUUUAUGAAUCAGAAACUGCAAUCUCACCCUUUACCAUAAUACUAUUUUCUCCCAGCCCUAAGCAGUCUCUGCAGGUGCCUGAAGAAGCUGCCACCUUUCUCUCACCUGCUCCACUUGAGUGUCCACUGGGGCAGUAUGGCUACCACUUAGUCCUUUAGAUGGUGCCAGUAUAUUUGAGCAGCAACAACUGAAAGCUUGUAUCAAGUCCCCAGGACUAAGUACACCUAAUGUUCCCAAGCCCCCUUUAGAUGCACUUCUAGAAGCAAGUGCAUCCUACAGAAUUUCCUGUCACCCAACUUUAUGGUUAACAGCACUCACUAGAUAACUGUCCUCCACCCCUUAAGCUCAUUUUUGCCCUGCCAAGAUGGAAACUGUGAAGCUCCUUCCUUCCGGCAGCUGUCAGGGGAGCACAGGUGUGUGCCUUGUUCUCCAGCUGCACGCAGCCCGAAGUCUUCACCCCCACCCACCUGCCUCCCUGUACCCGAUCAGCAGCCCAGUGGGUCAUAUGUGCCUGUAUUCAACCCAACUGGAGCAUUGAAAAUUGUGUGAAGCCCAACCUUCUGGCACUUGUAGAACCCCCUGGCCUUGGCCUUUCCCCUGCAGCUGUUAGGAAUUCUCAGGAGACGGAGGCGUCCAAGGUCACAAUGUCUAAACUCUGUUAGAGAAUACCAAGUUCCUUAGUAAGAUUAACAAAGGAUGCAGUACAUUUCUGAUGGAAAUACCUGUCAGUCUGUUUUCACAUUUGGCUUUAGAACCCAAAUUCUUGCAAGAUGUUUUCAUUCCACUACUAGAGUAAGGAUCAGCACUGUUAAAGUCUACUAAUGCAGUCCUUGUUCCUUUGGCAGUUGGGUCAGUGAAAAUACCAUUUCAAAGAUACAGUAUAACUCAGAAUCUGGAACCCAUCAGUGUCUACGGUCUUGUGCUCUCUAGAAACUUAGUGCCAUUCUCCUCUGUCCAUUCCUCUCAGCCCUGGUUAGAGUGGAGGAACAGGGCAGCCAGUGUUAAGUUCCUCUUGGUGAUGGCCUGGUACCCCACAUACAGUUAUUUGCCUCUGGGUCUCUGGACAGGUCAUGGCCAGGAAGGGAGGCACUUUUAGUCUUGUAGUUUAGCCCUUUGGGCCUUACUAGAUAUAACUCCCUCAAAAUUAGGUUUAUGAAAUGCUGAGCCUCAGGUUUCAUAGACGUGUUUGUACACUAAGAAUUCUGCAGCAGAAUAUUUUUAAACAUUGUUUUUUGUAAGCUAUAUUUUUGUAUAUUUAAUUGCUAUUUUAAAACUUAAGUGCAUUUUUGCUAAUCACUUGUUUAAAAAUAAAACAUGCAUGUAAUUGACUCAAACACAUGUAAAUAAAAAGAUUUUGAAAAUA